CCGGAACCUAAGGGAAGCUGCUUCGGUAUUGUUUUGCAAAUUCUAAUUCUUUUCCCAAAUUACAUUUGCAUUUAUUAAUUUAGCAGAUUCGCUCUGUGUUCUGCUGUAUCGGUUCUCGACCUUCCCGUUCGCUUUGUUCCGCCUUUCCAGAAAAAGUAGAAAUCUAUUUACAGAGAGAUGAUAAAACUCUUCAAGAAUGGAAACGGAUUUGCGGCGGUUUGAUAGUUGAUGGUAGCAUUGUUGGGAAUGAAACUAAAUCUCAUUACCAUUUUUCUUUGUGGAACUCAGUAGUGGCAGAAGUAAGAUUUUAAGAAGACAGAAAAAGGGUUAUUGGAAACUUUCAUUGAUGCAAAUUGGUGGAUUAUAUGUGGAGCUUUAUUCAUUUUCAGUUUAUUUGGCGGGUCUUUACGCAGCACUUUCAACUAUAUUGAGUAAUUCAGAGUAGAGGCAUUUUUUAUUUGAGCAAAAGGUGCUAUUUAAAAUUGAUACCAAUGGAUAAAUAUGCGAUGGUUGAUGGUCUAGAGUUAGAGGUGUAUGAUGUUCCGUGUGAAAAUCUUACAGAAAAUGACGUCAGUGAUGAAGAGAUUGGAGAAGAUGACCUGUCAAGACGAAUGUGGAAGGACAAAAUUAAGCUAAAACGGAUUAGAGAGCGCCAAAAGCUUGCUGAACUUCAAGCUUCUCAGAAGCCGAAAGCCAAACAGCCCUCUGACCAGGCUCUUAGGAAAAAAAUGGCCCGGGCCCAAGAUGGGAUUCUCAAGUAUAUGCUGAAGUUAGUGGAAGUAUGCAACGCUCGGGGUUUUGUCUACGGUAUAGUUCCUGACAAGGGAAAACCAGUAAGCGGUUCCUCAGAUAAUUUAAGAGCUUGGUGGAAAGAAAAGGUAAAGUUUGAUAAGAAUGGGCCUUCAGCUAUAACCUUAUAUGAUGAAGAGAUCUCUGCUACUGGGAACAAGGAAAAUAAAAGAAAGAACUGCCAUAGCCUUAUGGAUCUUCAAGAUGCUACCUUGGGAUCUCUCUUAUCUUCAUUGAUGCAACAUUGUGAUCCACCACAGCGGAAAUAUCCACUAGAAAAGGGCCAUCCACCCCCUUGGUGGCCUUCAGGUAAUGAAGACUGGUGGAUACAUUUGGGUUUACCAAAAGGCCAGGUCCCCCCUUAUAAGAAGCCUCAUGAUUUAAAAAAGGUGUGGAAAGUUGGAGUUCUUACUGGUGUUAUCAAGCACAUGUCUCCAAAUAUUGACAAAGUUAGAACUCAUAUCAGGAAAUCAAAGUGCUUGCAGGAUAAGAUGAGUGCGAAGGAGAGUGCGAUAUGGUUAGGGGUGUUGAGUAGGGAGGAAAUGAUCACUCAGCAACUCAGCGGCGAUAACAUAAUGUCUGACAUAACUGAAAAUCAGCAGAGCUUUCAGGAGGAAAGGCACGGGGAGGAUACCAAUAGUAGUAAUGAAUAUGAUGUUAUUGAAUUUUGUGAUGCACCUGGUUCUGCAUCUUCAGCAGAUGUUGGAAAAGCUCAGCUGGUGGAGGAUCAACCUUCCCUUGCAACCAUUCCUUCAACUACUAUGGAGCUUGAAUGGCGGCAACCAGAAAAUUUGUCUGAUGUUGCUCAAAAUAAAGAGCAAGUUAAUGAACGGCAUGAACGGCAGAGGCGCAAAAGGCCUCGCCUAGAUUCAAAUACUUCCGGUCAGUUUUCUGGCGAGCAUCAGAAUAGAAAUGUAGUCUUGGAAGCAGAAAAUGAUAUUUCUGUAAUGAAUUCAGUGGAGCUUCCCUCAACGAAAUAUCAACCAAACAGUGUAAUAGAUGUUCAUAGUACAGACGGAUUGUUUACAACUCAAGCAAAUCAAAUCGAAAACCAAUACCUAUUAUCUCAAUCUAUGACUAACAGAUUGUUUUGUCCCGCUCCUUUAAAUGUUUGUGUGCAAAACAUGUUUGUUGCUGGGCAGCCAUUACUGUAUCCAAGAAGACAAUAUGAAGAAUUCACUGCACCUUUAGUGGACCAUCAUGCCAAUCCCAUGAAUGUUUCAUUUCCUACUAGUAAUCCUGUUAAUGGGGAUUCAUUGCCACUGAAUGGAAGCUCAAACUCAGUUCCCAGAGACAUGAAUCCUUUCAUAGAGCAGGCUUAUCCCAUCGAUCCAGAUAAAUUCAUAGGUGGUCAAUUUGAUAGUUCUGUGGAGUUGCCUCUGGAUCCCUUUGCUCUUUCUAGUCCACUUAUUGACAUCGAUAAUUUCCAGAUAGAUGAUGAAGCCUUAAUGGAAUACUUGGGAGCAUAAGUGAGUUCAAUCAAUGCCAUCCUAUUUUUUUCUGCACCAAAUUUCCUUAUAUAUUUAAUUUCUGUUUUGUGGCGUUCGGUUCACAGAAAAUGUAGGCUUCGUUUGAGAUGGCUUUUUUACUGCUUCUUGUAGCAGCUUUGUAGUACAUAACAUUUAAUUUUUAUAGUAAAAAUUUGCUUUGAAAAACAGUAAAAAAGCCGUCCCAAACAAAAUAUUAGUCAGCAAGUUGUAUUAAUUGUAUCAAGGAGAUUUUCAUUCAGACUGACUGGGUGUUGCUUUCUGGUAAGAUAAUCAAAUUGUUAUCUGCUAAUCAAAAUGCUGCAAAAGGAUUCUUUAUUGUGAUGAGAAUCCCAUUUGUACAGUUAGGUCUCUGACUUUCUUAUGAGGCAGCAAGGAAAGGUUUGUUACAUUAUUGUAAAAGAAUUUGCUCCCAUCUUUUCACUGGUAAUGAACUAAAACAAAGUUGUUAUCCACUGCUUUAUAUGAAGAAAGGAAAUGAUUAAUGG